AUGUCUGGGAGUGUGUCGAGUUCGCCUGAAGGUUCUUUCCAGCAUGAGAAGCCUUCCCUUGUUGAUGAAUUAGGAACUUGGUUUCACUCAUUGUCUUUCGGGGCCUAUGCUCCGGCUCAGACUUCUACCCUUAUGGCUGUUGCCGCCGACCGGGUUUUCCAUGCCAGUGUAAAUGAUCGGCACUUGAAAGUAUUGCAAGGUGUCGUGGCAAGCAUGAGGGAGGAAGUCCGUGAUUCAGAGGCUGUGCGCCAAGUUCUUUCUGAGCAGGAUUGUAUUGUCGCCUGCCAGAAGGUUGCUUUAGAGGAUCAUGUGGCCACUCUGGAAGACCAUUCAAAAGAAGGGGUAGUUCUUCUAAAUUAUAAAGUUAUCGAGAGCCUGGAAUUUUCCAGUGGGAUCCAGGGUGUUCGUGAUGCAUGUGAGUCCCUUGGAUUUGAAAAGGGGAAGCAACUAAGUGGUUAUUCCACAAGUUCCGGAGAACCUGAAGUCCCAUAUCUUGGCCAUGUUGCGAGAAGGGAUGAAGAGGUGGAUGUCGCUCUAUCAUCCCUUUCUUAG